AUGCUGAUUUCUGAAAUACCAGAAGAGCAAGACAUUCCGAUUUAUGAAAUUACAAUGGAAAAUGAGAGUGUAAUUCCUGUAGAAGAUCAACACUUUAAAACACUAGACACAAUUGAAGGGAGAAAAAGGAAAGCAAAAGGAAAGGCAAAAGAAUCCCCAUCAAUAAUACUAAAGGAAAAUGCAUCAUUGGAUGAUGUAAAACUGGGGUCUAUUUUUCUAGACAAAAAUGCUAUGAUUAGAUGUUUUUGCUUAGCAGCAAUAAAGGAGCACUUUGAGUUCUAUGUGAAAAGAUCAAGUAAUACAAGAUACUCUUUGGUAUGUACUGAUGAAAAGUGUGGUUGGACUGUUCGAGGUUCAAGAAUUAAGGAAUCAACACUUUUUAAAACAGUUAAAUUUCAGAGAACACAUGAAUGCUCGGUUGACAUUAGAAAGUCACAUCAAAGACAAGCAACUUCAAAUGUGAUUAGAGAUUACAUUAUUGACAACUUAAGAGACAUAGCUACUGAAGUAAAGCCUAAGUUUGUCAUUUCAGAAAUGAAAAGAGCACAUGGAAUAGAUGUUGGUUAUGAAAAAGCAUGGCGUGCUAUUCAAAAGGGGAUAUCUUUAUUAAGAGGAACAACAGAAGAAAAUUAUGAGCAACUGCCAUCAUAUUUGUAUAUGAUCGAACAACAAAAUCCAGGAUCAUAUACUAAUAUUAAGAGAGAUGCAGAAAACAGGUUUGUUUACAUGUUUUUUAUGUAUGGGGCGUCAAUUUCUGGGUGGAAGUAUUGUAGAUCACUUAUUGUUGUUGAUGGAAUAUUUCUAAAAAAUAAAUAUAAAGGUGUUCUAUUAGUGGCAGUUACAAAGGAUACAAAUAACCAGAUUUUCCCUAUAGCAUUUGGGGUAGCGGAUUCAGAGAAUAACGAAUCAUAUGAAUGGUACUUCAGAGAAUUAAGAAAAGCAAUUGGCAUUCGUAAAGAUUUAAUGUUUUUGUCAGAUCGACAUAAGGCCAUUGCAAACGGAAUUGCAAAAGUUUUCCUUGAGUGCUACCAUGGUAUUUGCAUAUAUCAUUUAGAGAAGAAUCUAAAGCAAAGAAGAGUGAGAAACACUGUAAUAAACCUGUUUCAAUGUGCUGCAAGAGUAUACAUUCAAUCAGAAUUUGAUGGCUUUAUGUCCCAAAUAGCUGCUGUUGAUAAGAAAAUAUUUGACUAUUUGAUGGAGGAAACACCAGGAAGAUGGGCUCGUUCACAUUGUCCAAGACGGCGAUAUGAUAUGCUAACAACAAAUAUUGUUGAGUUAGUGAAUAAUGUUUUGAGACGUGCAAGAGAAUUGCCACUUUUAACAAUGAUGGAUUUCAUACAAAAAAAAUUGUAA